UUUUGGACGCGCUCACCUUCAGUUGCUUUGACGACAUGGCAAGUAUCAGAGAAUUUUACGCUGGACGCUCCAUUCUUGUAACCGGUGCUACCGGCUUCAUCGGUAAAGUCUUAAUCGAGAAGCUGCUACGAUCGUGCCCGAAAAUCGAUAAACUCUACAUUCUAAUUCGGUCGAAAAAGGGUCAGAGCCCCGAAGAACGCAUCAAAGCGAUCACGGACCUUCCGCUCUUCGACAAACUAAAAUUGGAGUAUCCAAAUGCGAUCGGCGAUAAGCUUAGAUUAAUCAAUGGCGAUGUCACCGAGUUGGGGAUGGGACUCUCCAAGUCCGACGAAGAUCUCCUAAUCGAAAACGUCUCGGUGGUAUUCAACGGCGCCGCCUCGGUACGCUUCGACGACACCCUGAAGUACGCGGUCUUAAUGAACACCCGAGGCACGCGCGAGCUUCUCAACCUCGUGCUUAAAAUGAAAAAAAUAGACGUCUUCCUUCACAUCUCCACCACUUACUGCAACGUCGAUCACCAGGUGGUCGACGAACGGCUCUACCCCCCUCACGCCGAUUGGAGAAAGACGAUCGAGAUCGCCGAGAACAUCGACGAACACCACCUGCAGGUGCUCACCGAGAAGUACAUCGGCGCCCUCCCGAACACCUACACCUUCUCCAAGUCCCUGGCGGAACACUGCGUCACCGAUUUGUGCACCGGCAAGAUCCCCGCUGUCGUCUUCCGUCCGUCGAUUGUGAUAGCGACACGAAACGAUCCCGUAGCCGGAUGGCUUGAUAACUUCAAUGGACCCAUCGGUCUAUUGAUAGCGUCGGGAAAAGGUAUCUUAAGGACCUGUUGCACGAAUCCGGAUCUGAAGGCGGAUUAUAUGCCCGUAGACACUUGCGUUCGUGCCUUGCUGCUCGCUGCAUGGACUAAAGGUACGUCGAAAGAUCCGAAAGAAAAGCUUGACGUGUCAUUCUACAACUGUAGCAACAACGACCUGUAUCCGAUCACCAUGAAGGAGCUAAUCGAUAUGGCCAAGAAGCACAUGUGGGAAGUACCGCUUAGCACUAUGCUAUGGUAUCCAGGCGGAGGGGUGACUCCGUACAGAUUGUGGUAUUACCUUAACGUUAUCUUCCUCCAUCUUCUGCCGGCCGUAGUGAUCGACUCGAUCCUGCGACUGCUCAAUCACAAACCGCUCUUAGUGAAAAUCCAAAGACGCAUCUACAUUGCGAACAUCGCUCUCCACCACUUCAUUACGUAUCAGUGGUCGUUUCCGAACUAUAAGUUAUUGGCCUUAGAAGAGAGACUACUCCCCGAGGAGGCGGAGGAUUUCGGUUACGACAGGUACAAUUUCAACGUCGAUGACUACUUCUUCAAUUGCAUGAAAUACGUCCCUCUGUAUCUCCUGAAGGAGCACGACUACAAUCCUGAGCAGGCGAAGCGGAACUUAUAUCGUAUGUACAUAUUGGAUCGUGUGGUCCGCAUCCUCGUCCUGGCACUCAUUGUGUGGUACUGUACUUGCAAGGUCAACCUUAUGGGAUACUUGGGAACGAAACUGGUCGAUUUUUACGAGGCCAUUUUAAUAUAAUUAGUUUUUGUAGGUACGUUAGCAACCAUCACCUUUGUUCCAAACCAUCUUUCUUAAAUGCAUAAUGAUUACUACAGAAAUUGCUUAACAAAGAAAAACAAAAAGAAGCAAUAAAGAUAGUUUACUCAAAGAAAAAAGAUACUAAAAAAGCAGAAUAACACUAUUUUAUUUUUAAUAAGAUCUAGAUACUUCAACGUUAUUUUUGAGAGCUGGCAACAGCGCUUGUUUUUAGAUGAAGAGGAAAGCCGCCGUCCAGCGAACGCUCCUUACUGUACAGCCGUCUUGGUUUGAGGUGUCGUCGAGAGAGCGUGUUGUGUAGAUUAAGUUUUUCUGUGUUAUUUAAUGCGGAUAGUAAUCCUUGCAUUUCUUUAUAAUGUGUUUGUGUUUUGUAUACAUUUGAGAUGUCCGUUUUCAAAAUUUAAGCUACAAGUACCGUUGGCGUAAAUAGAGACACCAUUUGACAGUG